CACGCGCACUGGCCGGCGGCGCGCGCCGAGCGGGGGGCGCCGCGCGGUGCAGCCACGAUGGAAGGGGGUGCGUACGGAGCUGGCAAAGCGGGGGGUGCCUUCGACCCCCAUACCCUGGUCCGGCAGCCACACACUAUCCUGCGUGUCGUGUCUUGGGUGUUCUCUAUCGUGGUGUUUGGCUCCAUCGUAAACGAGGGCUACCUCAACAGCCCCUCGGAGGGCGAGGAGUUUUGCAUCUACAACCGGAACCCCAAUGCCUGCAGCUAUGGUGUGGCGGUGGGUGUGCUGGCCUUCCUCACUUGCCUGCUCUACCUGGCCCUGGACGUCUACUUCCCCCAGAUCAGCAGUGUCAAGGACCGCAAGAAGGCCGUCCUGUCCGACAUUGGUGUCUCAGCCUUCUGGGCCUUCCUCUGGUUCGUGGGCUUCUGCUUCCUGGCCAACCAGUGGCAGGUCUCCAAGCCCAAGGACAACCCACUGAACGAAGGGACUGAUGCAGCCCGGGCCGCCAUCGCCUUCUCUUUCUUCUCCAUCUUCACUUGGGCGGGCCAAGCUGUGCUGGCCUUCCAGCGGUACCAGAUUGGCGCCGACUCGGCCCUCUUCUCCCAGGACUACAUGGACCCCAGCCAGGACUCCAGCAUGCCUUACGCCCCCUACGUGGAGCCCAGCACAGGGCCGGACCCCGCCAGCAUGGGCGGCACCUACCAGCAGCCGGCUACCGCCUUUGACACGGAGUCACAGGGCUACCAGUCCCAGGGCUACUGAGCCUCAGUGACCACCUGCCCCACCCCUGCCCUCUGCCCCAGCCCCACCUUGCCCUGCCCUGACCCUGUACACCUCCACACCUCCAGACCACUCCAUGGAGGCCAGGGUGGCAUGGGGCAGGGAUGGGGCAUCAGGUUGGGAGUGUCUAUCUGUGUGUGUGCCAGUGUGUCUAAGCCCAGCAGGGCCCGGAAGGUGGGACUGGGACCGUGCAUUCCUUCUCUGUGUCCGCAGUCAUUCACAGAGCGCUACUCUGUGCCAGGCCCAUGCUCAGUAUGGGGGUGAGAGGCAGUGCUGGUCCCUGGAAAGGGAACGCUGAGAGGUGGAGUGGCCCUGUCAGUACCAAGGUAGGAAUGCUGGGGUGGAGAUAGGUAUGGUGCCUGGAGGUCUGGCCACAUGGAGACUUAGUCUCAGCACAUGACUGGCACCCCUAGGUCCCCCUGCAGCAGGCCUGGUUGGCUUGUCGGGGAUGUCCUCACUGCAUGGUUGAGGAGAACAAGGCCUGGGAAGGGCAAGGUCACUCACCCAGGGUCCGUCAGGCAACUGGCAUAGGGGGAGGCUGCACCUGGGCCCCCCCAGGCCCCCCGGAGCCUGCCUGCUCUUCCCUGUCUCCCACCACCCCUAGCUCUGAGCCUGGGGCUCCACUCCUCAGUGUUACCCUUGUUGUGGGGCACUUGGGGAUCCCAGCCCCAUGAGACACCUUGAUUCUACUGCAAGUCGGCUCUCUCUGCCCCAGCAGCUCACCCUCCGCUGGCUUCCCUGUCAGCUGAACUCCACUGUCCCCGUGCUCAGCAGCCCUCUCUGUGGCCUCUUGGGACUGAUCACUCUCCUGGCCUCUAAGAGUCCCUGUGUCCUUACGCAGGGCUGGGUGGACAAGGAGACCCUGGGUUCUUUGAGUGAGUAGAAGCCCUGGCUUCCUGCCUCCGUUUCUUGCCUCAGUCACACAACAGGUACAGAUUCCCUGCUCCUGUGGCCUUUCUGGAAAUGGAAGCGACCUAGUACAUAGUCAGGGGCCAGGCUGGAUUCAGGGUUGGAGCCCUGUGGGCAUAGAGAGUUCUGGGAGCAGUGGGAGGGAGGUGGAGUCACAGGGCCGAGGGUGCAAGGGCCCUGCGCUGCCCCAGGUGGUGCAGGGGGAGCAGCAGGGCAGAGUGGGGGAGGGGAACUGGCAGCACUAAUGGCGCAGAGGGGCCAAGGGGCAGGUAGCAGCACUGCACCCCGAGCCACCACGGGACAGGGGAGCACAGCGGAGGAGCUGUGGGUGGUCCACACAGACAGGAUCCCCUCCACCAUCAUCCUAGGCCUCCCAGGAUCCAACUGGUCAGGUCACUCACUGGCCCUCUCUGGCAUCUGGGGUGGGAGCCCCAGGGGGUGUGUCCCCUGCCCGCCAGGGUGCCUGGUCUGUUGGGGAGGAUAAGCACUAAACAAAGUGCAGAGUCUGGCUGGUGGGACUCACAGUUCACAUGCACUGCGGCCUGAGGCUCCUGAGGAGGACCCAGGGCGGCAGGAGGGGUGGGGAGGUGGGUCGCUUCUGGGCAGACAGGUAGGGCUGCUCUCCUCCCUAGGAGAAGAGCACAAACCAGUAAGCAGUGACACAAGCUGUGAGCUCAUCUGGUCCAUUCUCCCAGGGGCAGCAAUGAUGGAGAGAUGUGUUGCUGUCCUCUGCUUUCCACAUCUGGGGAGGGGGCUUUAUUGACUGUCCCCCAAGGUGACCAGAGUGGGGACAGCAUGGGGGGCAGUUACCUCUGUCCUGAGCAUCACCAGUGGGGCCAUGGUGGCUGGGCAGUGUUUCCAGCAUGGCAGAUUCUGUACCCACCAUAGGAGGCCAGGACCUCUCCCCUGUUGGGCCCAGGAGAUUCCAUUGGUCUCGCUGGUGCCAACCAGCUGCUGGCAGUGCCAGGCGGGAAACAGGGUGCCUAUAACCUCCACCUCAUCCUGCGUGUGUAUUGCAGACUGACCCUGCUACUCUAGGCUGUGGGAGUUUACAGGGCCCCUGCCAGGAGUGGGGGUGCUGAGUCAUCUCAGUGGACACCCCAGCACCUGGGGUACAGCCCGCAUACCAGCUCCCAGCAUGAGCCAUCAUUCGACAGGACCCUGGCAGGGCCCUGUGAUGGAGGGAGAGGCACACAGGGCAGGACCAGGAUGAGAGGAUGAACUGCUGACUCUGUUACUGGGAGAUCUCCAAGGGGCCCCCAGCCCACAGGACAGCAGCACCUAGCACCCCUCCCUCUGCUGCCCUCUGCUUGCCCUCAAUCACACUGUCCAUGGGGAAUGGCCCCCUGAAAACCCUGUGGAGUUUGGGCCCCUUCUCCCAGGCAAGCACAAGAGGGGACCCAGGACAUGGGUUCCACACAAGUUUAGAGCUUCAAGAACCCUUAGAAAGGUUAGAGCCGGAACAGGAAGACAGUGGCUCAUCCUAGGUAAAGCACAGAGUGAGGUGCAGAGCCCAGGCCUCUGCCUUCUGCUUAGAUGUGGGCCAGGGCUCCUGACGCCCUGGGAGUGUGAUACUUCUGGGCAGAUUCCCAGGAAACCAGCGUGGGUUCCCCACUCCAUCCUGCCCUGGUGAUUCUGGGUCUUCAAAGACUUGGGGUCCCUGGCCUCUCCCCUGUAACUAAGACCCCUUAAUUGUUACCCUGAGGGACCCUAACCUUGUCCCAAAGCCCUUUUGAUUUUCUAAGGAGCAAGGGGGAACCCCCCCAGAGUUUAUGGAGGAUGGCUUGAUCCAGCCAUCUCCCAGCGCCGCCCCUGCCCCAGCGCCCCCUUCCCUGGUGCCCAUAGCCCUUGUCUGGGUGCCCUGGCCCCUUUGCAGCGUUACUGCCUGUGUAUAGUAUAAAUAUAUAUAUUUUCUAUAUAUAAGAUGUAUAAUAUAAGGCUCCACAAAUAUAUCUGUGUGCGGUGAAGGGCAGGCCCUGCCCUGGCCCCGGCUCUCGACCCCCACCACCUGGUUAAGUCUCUCAAGAGUGAAUCCAGUGGCCCUGUGGCCCCCUCCUUUAUGACAUCUGUCCAUUUGUGGUGAACCAAGUGAAGGUGGUGACUCCUGGUGACAUAGUAAUAAAGUGAAGACUCAG